UCUAGGUGGAUUACGCUCAAGAAAAUUCAUUGGACUGAUCCGACUGGUAAAGAACGCGUCUGGGAGUCUGCGGAGCGUACUACGCGCGGAUCGUCCGGCAUCGAUGCUGUCGCGGUGCUCGCUAUCCUGCGUUCGGAGACGAACAAGUUCCCGACGUCAACGGUAAUUGUCGAGCAGUACCGGCCGCCUGUGGGUAAAUAUGUUGUUGGUGCGCCAAUUUCUCAAUACUUGUUCAGCCUCAUCGACGAGGGCGAGACACCUGAGGAGGCGGCUAUCCGCGAGCUCGAAGAAGAGACGGGCUUCAAGGCGCGGACUGUCCUCGAGUCGUCACCUAUUCUUGUCGCCGAUCCCGGCAUGACGAACGCAAAUAUGAAGCUCGUCAUGGUCGACGUACCAUUCAAGGACGAGCUUGAAGUCUUCGAGCAAAAGCUCGAGGCGGGCGAGUUCAUAACACGGCGCGUCGUCGAGCUGAGCAAGCUCUCAGAGGAA